AUGGCUUCAUUCAUAGCGUCUCUCCUCCUCCUCGCUGUCCUAAAGCAAUCGGCGGCGGCUUCCGGCAUUUCUAGUUCCGAUUCGUCUCCUGUCGACGACUUGCUUCUGUCGCUCAAAACCCCGCUUUUUGCAGCCACCGACAUCUUGACCGUUCUUGAGUCUGCUAACCGGGCUGACAUUGUUGAGGAAAAAAGAGGCACUCUCGAGGCCUGCGAGGAGCUCCACCGGAUAUCUAUCUCGAACCUGAAAGAAUCACUCUUGGAGAUUGCUGACCUGUCCAAGGUGAGGGGCCUCCUCAGCUCGGUCCUCACGAAUCAUUGGACAUGCCUAGAGGGACUCCGGUCAACCUCGGGACCGCUCAAGGAUGUCCUGGAAAGUUCCUUUCGCCAUUCCUACGAGCACGUCAACGCGUCACUCUCUGUUGUCUAUAAGGCAGAGUUGCUGCAAGAACCGAGACGUCACCGGAGGCAGAUGAGCUCCGCAGAGUGGCUGUCUAGGAAUGACCGCUCACUCUUGGAGGCCCCCAUUACAAGCUUUCAUCCUCGGAAGGUGAUCACCGUGGCUGCAGAUGGAAGCGGGAUGUUCAGAACCAUAUCCGACGCGAUUAGGUUGGCCGUCCCGGAUAACAGUAAUCGCAGGACAAUAAUUCAUAUCAAGAAGGGAGUUUACCGUGAGCUUUUGCGGAUUCCGGCCCAUAAGACGAACAUCUUCUUGGUAGGAGACGGAGACAGCCGAACCAUCAUCACCGGGAACCGAAAUUAUGUGGACGGGUGGCAGACUUACCAAACGGCAACCGUUGGCAUUUCGGCUCGAGGAUUCAUGGCGAGGGACAUCACGUUCGCGAACACGGCAGGACCCACCAAGCAUCAAGCUGCUGCGCUCCGAGUGAACGCGGAUUUUGCCGCGUUCUACCAUUGUGGCAUCCAUGGCUACCAGGACACGCUGUACGCGCACUCGGGCAAACAGUUUUACCGCGAAUGCAACAUCUCGGGAACAGUCGACUUCAUAUGUGGCGAUGCUUCGGCUGUCUUCCAGUCUUGCCGGGUGAUAUCGAAAAGGCCAUUGCCCCAGCAAUUCACUACUGUCACGGCCCAAUCGAGACAAGUGCCAACCCAAGACAGCGGUUUCUCCCUUCACAGGUGCUCCAUCCUGGCCUCCCCUGGCUUGGCCUCCUCUCGUGUGAAGAAUUACCUGGGGAGACCUUGGCAGGCUUACUCUAGGACAGUGAUCCUUGACUCCUACAUCGGUGGACACAUCGACCCUGCUGGUUGGUCGCCCUGGAAUGAUAAGGGAGUUCCCGACACCUUGUACUACGGCGAGUACAAGAAUCGUGGCCCCGGUUCGACCACUGCUCGUAGAGUCCGCUGGCGCGGCUUUCACGUCAUGAGUUACCGAGACACUUCACCUUUCAUGAUCUCCCCAUUCAUUUGGGCAGAUAAGUGGCUGGCAUCCACUAGGUUCCCCUACGAUACUACAAUUUGA